AUACUUUCAAGCGCCAGUCCUGGGUUCUGGAAACUACAACUACCGAACGGCCACGGACUCCGGGACAAUUUCUCGUUUCCGUCCAGUUGUCCGUCUGGGCUACUUCUGAGAGGUCAACUUGACUGGUAAAGAAGAAUCGCCAUUUCUUCUUCUCAAUCUGGGGAGGAGCCCAGGACUCGAAAUCAGCAGACCUGGGCUUCAGUCCAGCUCUGCAGCUCUCUGGCUGUGUGACCUUGGACGAAUCAUACAACCUCUCUGGGACUCGCUCUCUUCAUCUACAAAAUGGAGAUGACAGUUACUCUGUCAGUCUUAGGCUCUGCCAUCCUCCGUGGCUGCAACAGUUCAAGUGGCUGCAGCAGUUCAAGGCUUCAUAUCUGCACAUCACUCUAGUUCAAAACCAGAAAGAACGUUUCCAUGCUCAACCAUCAAACCAGAGUCCUGGACUUUACUCUGAUUGGACCAACUUAUGUCAAUGUGCCAACUCUUCAUCCACAUACUGACCAGGAGAUACCGAGGGCUGACUGGCUCAGGCAUCAAGUUCAGCACUGCCCAAGUCGUUGCUCCUUUUAACUGGUAAUGAGAUGGGGGUCGGCCAGUCCAUGGGCUUUCCAUCUGUCGCAGGACCCCACCUCGUAGGCUGCGGGGAUGUAAUGGAGGGUCAGGGUCUCCAGGGGAGCUUCUUCCGACUCUUCUACCCCUGCCAAGAGGCAGAGGUGCCCACGGAGCAGCCCCUGUGGAUUCCCCGCUAUGAAUACUGCACUGGCCUGGCCGAUUACCUGCAGUUCAAUAAGCGCUGGGGAGGAUUGCUGUUCAACCUGGCUGUGGGAUCUUGUCGCCUGCCUGUUAGCUGGAAUGGCCCCUUAAAGACCAAGGACUCUGGAUACCCCUUGAUCAUCUUCUCCCAUGGCCUGGGAGCCUUCAGGACGCUGUAUUCAGCCUUCUGCAUGGAGCUGGCCUCCCGUGGCUUUGUGGUUGCUGUACUAGAGCACAGGGAUGGGUCAGCUGCGACCACCUGUUUCUGCAAGCAGAUCCCAGAGGAGAACCAGCCCACUGAUGAGGUGCUGGAGAAGGAAUGGAUCCCCUACCGUCAAAUUGAGGAAGGGGAGAAGGAAUUCCAUGUUCGGAAUUGCCAGGUGCAUCAGAGGGUAAGCGAGUGUACACAGGUGUUGAGGAUCCUGCAAGAAGUCACUGCUGGGCAGACCGUCCUCAACAUCUUGCCUGGUGGGUUGGAUCUGAUGACCUUGAAGGGCAGCAUUGACAUGAGCCGCGUGGCUGUGAUGGGACAUUCGUUUGGAGGGGCCACGGCUAUUCUGGCUUUGGCCAAGGAGACCAACUUUCGCUGUGCUGUGGCUCUGGAUGCUUGGAUGUUUCCUCUGGAGCGGGACUUUUACCCCAAGGCCCGAGGCCCUGUGUUCUUCAUCAAUGCUGAGAAAUUCCAGACAAUGGAGAGUGUCAACUUGAUGAAGAAGAUAUGUGCCCAGCAUGAACAGUCCAGGAUCAUAACUGUCCUUGGUUCUGUUCAUCGGAGUCAAACUGACUUUGCUUUUGUGGCUGGUAACUGGAUUGGUAAAUUCUUCCCCACUCAAACCCGUGGGAGUUUGGACCCCUAUGAAGGUCAGGAGAUUGUGGUGCGGGCCAUGUUGGCCUUCCUGCAGAAGCACCUUGACCUGAAAGAGGACUAUGACCAAUGGAACAAUUUCAUUGAAGGCAUUGGACCAUCGCUUACCCCAGGGGCCCCCCACCAUCUCUCCAGCCUGUAGGCACAACUGGCCAUUUGUAAAAGGUCACUGAGCUGAGUUCCCAUUUGGGGCCUGCCCAGGGACACCCACAGCCUCAAGAAAGUGGUCAACAUGACCCUUCUUCAUAAAUUGAGAGGGUGUAAUCACACUGCUGAUUGGAUAACUGGGUACUUUGAUCUUGGACUUGUUGAUCUUAUACUUAUGGUGGGACUUGGUUUGCUUACUGAUUGGCAAACUGACUUUCUGGGGCCUGAGCCCUGAUGGUGUGGGGAAUAAGCAGUGGGGUGGGGCUGGGGGGGACCCAAGCCCCAAGCUGAGCACUGUUAACCCAGCAAGGCUACUCCCGCACCUUGGGCCAGUGUGGCUUCUGCAGCGGAAGAAAUGAAGCCAAAGGAUGGAGUGAAAAUUCCCACCUUCAGGACCUCUAGCCCAACCUGGCACUGUCUCUUCCUACCUCUCAGCCUUCUCCCUUUCCAGGGCCACUUGGUGAGUUCUAAGCACUUUAGGCAACGUUCGAGGAUACGGACCACCAUCAGAUUUUCUGUUUAUUUUCAAGCCUUCCCAUUGCAUGAAACAUAGUACUGGGCACUGAGUCAGGACUCAAUUAUACUUGUGAGCCCAUGGAGAGGGGCAGACAGCACUGUCCUCAUAGCAGAGAGAGAGAAGCUGAGGUACAGAGGGGUACCUCAGAAGCUCUAGAUGUCUUGGGAUUUUGCUAAAAAUGUAUCUUGACAGGAAGCAACACAAGUAGGUUGAGACGAAGAAGGUAGAGUAACAGCGUUGAGUAGCCAUUUGAACAGGUCCUCAACACAAGAGGGAGGUAGUUUGGUCAGUUAGAGUUCAGGAGGCCACCCCUGGACAGGUCUGGGAACACUGUGGUCUUGCCUCUUACCUCAGAUAUCUUGAGCCUCAGCUCGCUCAGAAUCAGGGUGCUGUAGUUGUCUGUUUUCUGGCUCUGAGGCCCUAGCCUCAAAUUUAAGUCAAGAUAUAGACUGAAUUUCCAUUCUGUUCCAUUUAUACUAUGAAUGAUAUUAAUACUCAUGUUUGCCUAAUGAUAUGUUGGAAUAUUCUCUCUAUUUAAUCUGCAUUAGAGCAGGAUGGGGAGCCAUCUGGCAGUAACUUUUCCUUCUGUCUUUCUUUGUUCACUUACCACUUGUGCCUAUGUGCAAGAAAAACUUUAAAAGAAAAGGAAGUCUUCCUAGGGAUCUAGUUCAAAGCUGUCUGGGAACAUCAACCUGAAACAGCCCUCCACACUCCUCUAGGCCUUUCACCUCCGUCCAAGUAGGGGACCCCAGAGGAGGCUAGAGCAAAAGGGAAAUGCGUCUCUACGCGAUGGGUCCAAGGUCAGUGCCACCAAAGCAAGCUGGGACUAGGUCUCCCACCUCUCAGCUCUUCUGUCUGAGGUGAAACAUCAGAUCCGUUGAGGAUGGACCUUGGGAAGACCUGUGAAUUCCCGUGAGACCUCGCCUCCGGGGAAUCAUGAAAGCCCUGGGCUCUAGAGUUCUAUAGCUGGUUUUGAGUCCUGCCUCCACCACUACUAACUGGGUAAAUUUGAGCAAAUUAUGUUCUCUUUCCAAUCUCCAUUCCUGCAUUUCUAAAAUGGGCAUCUGCAUUAUAAUAGUUAGGAGGAUUAAGUGAGAGGAUGUAUAACCCAUGGGUUAUUUAAAAGUAUUUUUCCUACUUUCCAAACAUAGGAGAUUUUUCUAGUUGUCUUAUAGCAGUUGUUUUCUUGCUUAAUGGCUUUUGGUCAGAGAAAAUGACCCAUAUGGUUUUCAUCCUGAAAAUUGCUUCUUGGCCCAGUGUGUGAUCAAUUUUAUAAAUGUUCCAUAUAUGCUUAAAAAGACUGUAUGUUCUGAAGUUGUUGGCUUGCUGUUUUACUCAACGACACAUUAUGGAUUUCCUUCUAUAAGAGUGCAUACAGAUCUAUAAUAGGGCCUUCCCACCCCCAAAUGGGGACCAGCGCCCCUCCGCACUCACAGAACCAGUAGAUGCCAGCUCUUGUGCCUGGGGCUAGUUCUGCAGAUGCUGAGGGGCCAGUUCUGGCAGCAUUAGCACGUGAGACCCAGCUUCUACCUUAGACCCAUGAAUAAUGCAGGUGUAUUUUUUAAAGAUUGGAUCCUCCCUAGAAAAAGAAACUGUUCAGAAACUGGAUCCAUCUCCUCCAUUCAGUUCAUGUUCUGGUAAUGACCUAUUUAUCCAGCAACAUUGGAAUAGGUGAAUUUUCCAUAUAGCUGCAAAUUAUCCUUUAAGCCACAAAAUAUAAUAUUGAAUAUUUUGAGUGGUAAUUUACCAAAAAGAUAAUGCACACAUUUUUUAAUGUGAAUUGACCUCAUUUAAUUUUUUAGGAUGUUUCAGUCAGGAUAAACUGAUUAUAUGGCAGUAACAAGCAACCUCAAAAAGCAACAAGUUUAUUUCUUGCCUGUGCUACUUGUCCUCUGUCGUUUGGCUAGAGGCUCUGCUUUGUGCCAUUUUUAUCCUCAUUUGGGGACCCAGGCUGGCGGAGCUGGCACUAUCAGAAGUGUGCUGCCAGUCACAUGGUAGAGCUGGAAGAGAGCAUGGUGAAGCACCCACCAGCUCUUGAAUCUUCUGCCCAGAAGUGACACUUGUUAUUUCUGUGCACAUUGCAUUGGCCAAAGCAGGUCAUCUGGCCAUACCUAACAUCCCAUGCCAUCCCAAGAGAGCACAAAUAUGUGUGACCAGGUCUAAUGUCAGAGCAGUGGCACCCUCUGGUCUGGGAAGAUGUGGAUAGCUGUUUGCUCCUACACCGUGUGGCUCCCGGCAGCCGUCUUCCUAGUUGUUUUAAUUGCUUGUCAUAGUUUGUGCUGUCUCCCUUGUGGUCAGGCGGCCAGCCUUUACUCUUCAUUGCCUUUAAUCUGCCAGCCCCUAGCAGCUCUCGCUGUUCGCUUCAAGUUUAUAAUUUCUGAUUAGCCACGUGAUUUCCCACUGUCCGAAGUAAAACUAGGCAGGCACUGAAAGACAGCUUGAGGGACUCUGCUGCAACUAAAGUGUGCUGCCUUUAGUGCUUGGACCCUGUAAUCCUUCCUGAGACUGCUCAGAAGGGGUAUCAUAAGGCCUUUGGUCCUUCAUCCUGGCUUUUGGUUAGCUUCCAGGGAAUCGAAAAAUACCAGAUAAAUGGCCUUUAGGUAAACAGGGUGGCCCAGCAUAUUGAUAGCAUGUCCUGAUAAAUUGCAUUCUAGUGAAUCCUUUCCAAAAGCAAAGAAGAUGUCUUGGGUUUCUUUUGCAUCUUCUUGUUCCCCAUCCUAUUAUAGGACUGUACCGUGGAGGCCUCCUAGUGGUGUGUUGUGAAGUUUCUGAGCAUGGGAUGGUGCGUCAGUUAGGAAGGAAGGUAAGUAAAUACAGGAAGGAAUGAGAUUCUCCGUCCCUCCCACUUCCUGGACGUGUCAGGGUGAGACUGGCUGGGUUCUUGCUAUGCCCCCAGCACGGACCCCAAGCCCCUUUCCAGUGUGUGUCCUGACACAGCUGUCCCAGUUGCCCUUCCUCAAGAAGACUACUGGGCUCUUGAAAUGUCAAUUGAUGGACUCCAACUCUGUGUCUUGGCCUUGUAGGGGCCUUUAUCUGCCCCCUUUUCUUCUAGGGCCUGACUUAUCUCUGGGCCUGCAAGGUAACGGAGGAACAGGACAGGCCAUACUCUAUACUCAGGACCCAUCCUCAUUUCCUAAUGAGCUUCCUAGCUCACUUCCUGUCCCAUCACAGCCAGAUGCAGAGGCCAAGUGUCCCUGGCCAUGACUGCAUGGCCAAAUGAUGACAGUGAUAACCACUGUGGUAGCCAACAUUUUGGGGGCCCUUACUGUGUGUCAGGGACUAUGCUCAGUGCUUUAUAUGCAUCAUCUCAUCUGCUUCUCACCCCGUGAGAUCAGGUGGAAUUAGCCUCAUUUUAUGUACAAGGAAACAGAGCCUUAGAGAAGCGAUUUGAUAAAGCUCUCACAGCAAGAAUUUGGCAAAGCUGGCGCUUAGGCAUAAAAAUCUGAGCUCUCGAUCACUGGGCUGUACUGCCUAAUAUACAUACUUGGUUUUCCCCUUCCACUGCUCUUUCAGCUGUCGGGGUAUGAGGGAUGAAAUUUCAUCACAGAUUGAAUCAUAAUGUCAAACUCUCCAGCAAUUUCUGUAUGAUGUGCAUUGAGAUUCGGUGACAUCCUCAGCACUGUUGAGAAAUGGGUUGGGGGAAAGGACCGCGCCUCACUGACUGGGCCAGGUGCUCUGUGGAUUUGAUAGAUGAGGAAAGCAGUUCAGGGAUUAAGAACGUCGUCUUUGGAAAUCAGACAACUCCAACACUGUUAGCCCUGUGACUUUGUGCUAAUUUAUCAACUUCUGUGAGCUUCAGUUUUCUCAUUUAUAAAAUGGGCGGUCUAAUAGUAUUUACCUCUUAGGGUUAUUGUAAUAAUUAAAUGAAAUAAUGCCUGUAAAGUGCUCAUCACAGUGUCUGUACUAUCCUAAGGGUGUAAUAAAGAUUAGCUAUCACUA